AUGGCUCAAGUCCAGACAGCUUUGGAUUCAGUGACUGGCGCCGUGGCGAGCAAUUCGCUGGGCUACACAUUGACUCAUGAACACCUUUCGUUGGAUUUGAAUAGCUUCCACUGCGAUCCGCCUCAGCCACUGGCCAGCAUCCUUAAGCAGCCAAGGAUCACGCUUGAGAACCUUGGAUACAUUCGUCAGUAUCCUUACUCCAACAUCUACAAUCUUUCCCUUCACGAUGAGGACGCACAGCUGGCAGUCAGGAAGGAUUUGGAGGCUUUCAAGCGCUUCGGAGGCGGAACAAUCGUGGAUAAUACUUGUCAUGGGCUUGGCCGCAAUCUUGGACGGAUGCACGACAUUUCCGUGGCGACUGGAGUGAAGAUUGUGGCAGGAACUGGACAUUAUUUGGCGGCUAAGCAAACUGCCUCAACGCUGGCGAUGACUGUGGAGCAGAUGACGGAUUUGUACUCCAAGGAAAUCAUCUCCGGCGUGGACGUCAAUCCCAGCCUUAAUAUCAAGUGUGGCUUCAUUGGCGAAGUGGCCAGCGGAUGGCCUCUUCACGAUUUCGAGAAGAAAGCCAUCAAGGCAACUGGAGAGAUUCAAGAAGUCAUCGGAUGCGGAGUUUCCUUCCAUCCGGGAUUCAACGAAGAAGCUCCCUUCGAGAUUGUCCGCUUGUAUCUUGAGGCAGGAGGAAAAGCCUCCAAAUGCGUUAUGUCUCAUCUGGAUCUUGCGUUCGUUUCUGAUGAGAAACUGUUGGAAUUUGCAACUCUGGGGAUUUUCACGCAGUUUGACUUCUUCGGCUUCGAGUGUUCUUACUUCCAAUAUGAUCCGCACGUCGACAUGAUCUCUGAUGCCCAGAGAAUCGCCAAAGUCCUUAAGCUGGUCGCUGAAGGACGUGAAAAUCAGGUGUUGAUGUCCCAAGAUAUUCACACAAAGCAUCGUUUGAUUUCCUUCGGCGGUCAUGGAUUCUCCCACAUCCUGAACAACAUCCUGCCCAGGCUCAACGUGCGCGGAUUGUCGCUCGAGCAGAUCGAUCGUAUCACCAUCGAGAAUCCCAGUCUUUGGCUUCAGGGCAAGUUCUGA